CUCGGAAGUUUCUCUCUGUCUGGCUCACACCCGCCUCCUGCUGACGUCACCGCCGCCGAGGCGGGGAAGAACCAAACAAGAUGGCGGCGGCCCGAGCGGACGCGAAGGGGAACUGAAGCAGAGGCGACUCAGGGCCGGGGCGCUCCCUUCACCGCGGAGGCCCCGAAACAAAAGGGGGGACGCCGGCCCGGCUCGAACUUUGCCCGUUUUAGGGCCUUGGAAGCGCCUCUUCCCCACCCCAGUCUACUGACACCUGUGUGUGUGGGGGGCGGCCGCAUGUUUUGGGGGUGGGAGAAGUUCUCUUUUGCUUUGGGGGAGCCCCCCACCCCAUUGAAAGCCACUCUCCUCCUUCCCCCCCUUUUAAGAACCCUCCCCCCCAUUGUGGAUCGUUUGGUUUUGCGGCUCCUUCCCCAUUAGGAAGGGGCUUUCAGGCGCCCUCCUGCUUCACCCCUCCUUGUGAGGUAGGCCGUUCUCCCCCCCCCCUUUCCUCACUUCCUCCCCCCUCUGGCAAAGCUGCUGCUUCUGCUUAAGAUUGUGCCCCCCAACUGGGAGGGAUUUGGCAGCCCCCCCUCCCACUGUUGAAACAAGAGGUUGUAACCCCACCACCACCUUUCUCCCCCCCACGUUAAGGGGGUGUUUUAAAGUCGGCCUGUCUUGACUCCCCCAUUUUUGUUUUUCUGGCAAAUCCAUUCCUGUUUCUAAUCCAAAUUCUGAACCCUCUCCCAAUUUAUACCAUCUCAUCCCCCCCCAGUUCUUUUCAACCUCAUUAAUCUCCCCUUUUAAAACACAUCUUGAUAUUUUGGGGGUAACUUUCUUUCCCCCCCCAAAAAAAACACGCUACCAGAUUGGACCCCUUUGGAGGGAGGCACCCCUUCCCACAAGGCUGACCCCCUCUCCCUUUUAUGUUGGGAAUAUCUCUUCCCUAAUCAGAGGUCUUCGUAUCUGAAAUUAUCCCUAUCGUUUCCUCUCCACCCCUCUGAGUUUUGGGGUAGUUCUCUUUGAGAGGAGGAUCUGAUUUCUCUGUCUUGCAAGCCCCUUUCUGCUCUGUCAUCUUGGGGUAGCCCCUUUCCCUUUUCACCCUUUUCAUUUUGGAGUUAAUUCUUGCCCCAACUUAGUGUUUAACACCCCCCCAAAAAAAGCCCCUUUAGAUUCAGUCUCUUCCCCUGCCCCCAAGCAUUGUAAACUCCCCUUCUAACUUUGGCUAAAUCAGCUUAACAUCCUCCCCACUGUUUUUUUGAGGUGCAGUGGGGUUGUGUCCAUUUAGCCUUUUACUCCUCUGCAACUGUGGUGCCUCCCCAAACUUCACACUUGCUUCCAAAGUUAUUGAAGCGUUCACAUCAAACCGUUUAAAAGACGGUAUCUAUUUUUUGGCGUGUGGGAUAUCCUGUCCUGGACUGUUUUUCCUUCCCUUUUGGGGUGGGAGUGACCCACUAUUUUUUUCAUUUCUCCCCACCCCCUUCUUGAGCGCCUUCUCCAGUCAGAGCGGAAUUGAUUUGCACGUGGCAAGCUGACGCCUUUCUUGGAAAAGAACAGGGGGCCACUUCUGAAAUUGCUGUCGCCACAAUUCCCCUCUGCCGCCAGAGGCUCAGGAUGUCAGAGAAUCAACCCAACCACCCCCACCCUCCAAUGAACAAUAAUGUGGGGGGCAGGCCCCCUGCCGGAAAUAACCGAGGGGUCCGCAACCUCAACCAAAACCCUCUCAUCAACGUCCGCGAUCGCCUCUUCCAUGCACUUUUCUUCAAGAUGGCUGUCACCUAUGCUCGCCUCUUCCCUCCUUCCUUCCGUCGCAUAUUUGAGUUCUUUGUACUUCUUAAGGCCCUGUUUGUGCUUUUCAUCCUGGCUUACAUCCACAUCGCCUUCUCCCGCUCACCCAUCAACUGCCUGGAGCACGUCCGGCACAAGUGGCCGCGGGACGGCAUCCUGCGGGUGGAGAUCCAGCGCAACUCCAGCCGUGCCCCCAUCUUCCUCCAGUUCUGCGACAGUGACAGGUUCCCCGGCAUGGUCAUCGAGACGCUCGGCGGGGGGGAGGAAGAGGAGGAGGAGGAAGAGGAGGAAAUGACCGUGGAGAUGUUUGAAAACAGCUCCAUCAAGUUUGAGCUGGAUAUUGAGCCCAAGGUCUUUCUCAAGCCCUCCCGGCUGAGCGGUGCCAAAGUGCUGGCCCCCAACGAGAGCCAGGAGUUCUCCUUCAGUGGCGAGCCGGCUUCUAAAGGUAUGCAGCCCCUCAGCGAGACUGUGUCCGAGUUUGAGAUGCUAGCCAAAACAGUCUGGCCCCAGGAAGAGUACAUCGUCGAGUACUCCUUUGAGUAUGGAUUCCUGCGCUUGUCUCAGAGCACCCGCCAGCGCCUCGGCAUCCCUGUCAUGGUGGUGACGCUUGACCCCACCCGGGACCAGUGCUUUGGGGACAGGUUCAGCCGUCUUUUGCUGGAUGAGUUCCUCGGUUACGACGACAUCCUCAUGUCCAGUGUGAAAGCCUUGGCAGAAACUGAAGAGAAUAAAGGGUUCCUUCGCAACGUAGUCUCCGGGGAGCACUAUCGUUUCAUCAGCAUGUGGAUGGCCCGGACAUCAUACGUGGCGGCCUUCGUCAUCAUGGUGAUUUUUACUCUGUCCGUCUCCAUGUUGCUUCGAUAUUCACAUCACCAGAUCUUUGUUUUUAUCGUGGACCUUCUUCAGAUGCUGGAGAUGAACAUGACCAUUGCCUUCCCGGCGGCACCCCUGCUGACUGUCAUCUUGGCUCUCGUAGGCAUGGAGGCCAUCAUGUCUGAAUUCUUCAACGACACCACCACGGCCUUCUACAUCAUCCUCAUCGUGUGGCUGGCAGACCAGUACGACGCCAUCUGCUGCCACACCAGCACCAGCAAGAGGCAUUGGCUGAGGUUUUUCUACUUGUACCAUUUUGCCUUUUAUGCCUACCAUUACCGCUUCAAUGGGCAGUACAGCAGCCUGGCGCUGGUCACCUCGUGGCUUUUCAUCCAGCAUUCCAUGCUCUACUUCUUCCACCACUACGAGCUGCCGGCCAUCUUCCAGCAAAUCCGGAUCCAAGAGAUGCUGCUCCAGAACCAGCAGGGUGGGGCCCAGACCACCCUCCAGGACAACCUAAACAACAACACUGUGGCCCCCGCUGACCCCAGUGGCUUGCGGCCCCACAUGGAUGCAGGCCCCUCUGGGGAAGGAAGUGGCCCCCUUGCCCCCGAGGAUGCCCACACGGCCGCCGUUGUGGCCGCCACUGUGGCCUCUCUGGGAGACAACUUCAACUGGGUGGCAGAGACGGCUGUCAUUGCGGAAGCAUCCUUCUUGUCCAACCUGAGCGGCUCCCUCUUGGACCCCAGCGUCUCGCCAGAAGCCGGCGGGGCCUUGCAGGACGCUGCAGCCGCUUCGAGCAUGAUAACCCAGAUUCUGGUCAGCAGCGACCGAGCAGAGGCUGCCGUGGGUUCUGUCGCCAUAGAGGUCACGUCAACAACUGGGGUGCCUUCGCUGGCAGCGGCACCUUCUGCUGCCCCCCUCGGUUCAGCACAUGAGGACGUCCCCCAGCCGCCAGAGGGCUUAGUCAGCCAAGCCAGACCUCAAGACACAGACUGCCUCGCGGGCCGUCGCUCGCCGGACACCACUUUAAGAAGGCCCCCGAGUCAGGCCUCCGAAGAAGGACUUGCUGUGGCGGGCUCCUGCCCUGUGCCACCGGACAGCACCACCUCCCUAGACCCAGAAUCCCGCAGCCUCUCCUGAAUGCUUUCCCUCGUUGCGGACUGUAUGCCUGUCCAUUUCUGUCCUGCCCCCGUGAUUCCCCUUGAACAAGAGGCAGAGCCAAAAUGCGAGAUGCAAAGCAGGGGGAACCCUUUCACUUCCACCCACCCAUCCUCCUUCUCCAAACCCAGGAAAGGGGGAAAAUGUGAAUAAAAAAUAGGGGCUAGCGCUAGUCGACAGGAGAGUCCCCCCAUCCUCUGCUUCCUUCCUGUUCUGCGUUGUGCCCCGUUGGGUGAACUAAGCUGCAGCUCACCUCUGUCCUGUGCACCCCCCCCCCCAGCUUUUCAAAUCACAGAAAAUCAUGGGAAGUCCCCUUAGCGUCUGCUGGAAAUCUUGACUUAAUUUGUACUAGAAUGAUUAUUAUUUUUGUGCUUUCUGUUCCGUUGGGCAGCGGGGGGAGUAUGUGGGGAGACAAAGAAAUAAGCAACAGGUAUCAUGGCGCAAACUCUUAAUAGGGGAGGAUGGGUGGCUGUGCAAGGACCUGGACCCUCACGUGGAUGUGAGAUAGUUUUGCUGAGAAGCGGCAGCCCUGGAAACCUUGGGAUUCCUUGCGGUCGCUGGUCUUCAAGAUCCUUCACUCUGGAAGCGCUGGAGUCAGAGAAACUUCUGCCCAGGCUUUUUAGAGCGUGGGUUGCGCAUAUAUAACACAGCCUCUAUGAGAGUAAAACAUGAGAUUUUUCAAAAAAUUGCUGAAGGGUGUUGCAGAGGGCUUUUUUUGUUUUCGAUGAUGUGAUGCACUUGGAAAGAUGUGGCCGAUCCCCCCUCUUGUGGAGGAAGUCCUUUUUGGCCACCGCAAAGCCACUCGCCACUCCCCGGGUGCUUUCAGGGAGCCAGCAGGAAAAUGAUUGUGGCCAGCCAGAUUGUGGCUAGCUAUCUGCAGUGGUUGGUGGGUGUCAGUUGGGUAUGUCCCCCCCUUUAAACCUCUGGAGGAAAAAAACCAGCAUCCGGAUGAAAUUGCAGAGAGCUGAGGCUCUAGCAAGCUAGUUCACCAUGAUGCAUGAUUAGCGACGGGCUUGUGGAGUAGGGAAGGAGGGGGGGUUGUUUCCCUUUCCAUAGUCCCUGGUUUCCAGCCCUGAUAUGAGCUGAUGCUCCAAGAUGGAAGGGGGGGGGGAGUCUUGAGAUUAAGCGUAGGGCUUGGUCAAACAUAACAGCCAGGGCUGUGGCUUCAUCAUUAGUUGUUGGGGUUUUUUAGUUGUGCUAACUCAGCCGUUCGAUGGCCACCCACACAAUAUUCUCUUGUUGAUGCCCCUUGCGCAGAUGCCACAGCCUCAACCCUCGUUUCAUGCAGCAUAGUGGCAUAGAAUAUUCCUUCCCCCCCCAGUGCCUUAUCUUGUAAGUGGGAUGCCUUUUGAAGACGAUUUUGCAUCCAAAGUGCCACUGAUAAAGGGGCACUACUCCCCUCCCUCCCUAAAAGACCUGCUUCCCGAUACGGACUGCUCAUCCCUUUCCAGAAUGGAGCUUUGCCCCCAUAAAUUGAGGCUGGGGAGGGGGCAAUUGAGAGUAGAAGUGAUUUUAGCCGUGCGACUUAGUUGGCUCUGAAGCUUUAAGCGCUGGAGCGGCUUUUAAAGCAGAUCUAGCAAUAGCGAGAGGUAACUGAGAAGCCGAGGUGGAGCCGUUCAGAGGAUUUAACGGGAAUUCUGCCCCUAGGGCUGCACCAUCCUUCCACAUGGGCUGGAGCGGGCCGGAUGGAGUGCCCUGGAGAAUGUAGGGUUGGUUUUUUAUUUGCUGUGGGUGCAAACAGGUCACUUGCAGCAAACAGGAGAUACCUUAGAGGGUGGGGGCUCACAAGGGAGCGCAUAAGGAGCCACUGCCCUUGCUUAAGUGCAGGCCUGCGCAGGGCGCAUGCGCACAGGUGCAGUGUUGAAACUUUCAGUCAAGCCAACACCAUCUUAGGCUGCUGCACUCUUAAAUUAAAGCUGGGGUGUGUGUGCACUGGAAACCCCCUUAGUUGGGUUUGAGGGCAGAAGGCAGGUGAGUGUAGUGGUGAGAGCAGCCCAGUCAUGUGCAAUAUAUCAGUGGGAUCAUUUGCCACCCGCUGCCCAUCCCUCUUCCACUUGGGGGCUGAGGUUGCUUGUGCGAAACUAGACUGUUUUUGGGGGGGUGCUUUUGGGGUUAGCAUUUUUAUGGGGGAGGUGGUCAGGUAGAAGGGGCUGAGAGCAAAUCAAAGCAAACCAUACCUGGAAUGAAGAGUAGAGUUCAUUCUAUUUAAUGUACAAAAAAUGUAUGUAUAUAUUAUAAAUAUAUAUAUUAAAUACUAUAUCUAACA